CUGAUUUCCGAUUUUUCUUGAACAACGGUCACACUAAAUAAAUAAAUGACAAUUUCAAGCGUAAAAUAAACCUUUGAAAGUCAAUGAAACGCUCGAUUUGCGAUUUUUUCACACACAAGUGAGUGGGCAUAGGACGGUAGAAGUUCAAAGCGCCUCCACCCGCUUGGGAGCACUUCCAUCCAACGGAUAAUGAACCGCUAGAGGAUUCUAGGAGUACAGCAACAAUUGUUAUUUUUCGCUGGGGGAAGGGGCGACGGAAAUCAGCCCCUUCAGUUUCUAAUUGAAUUAAAAAGGGGUGAAACAAUAACAAUUAGUCGAGCGGAUUGAAAGUCAUUCAGUUCGAAAUGGUCUUCAUACGCGAUCCGUGCGGAAUCGCCUGCUUGGUGGUCACCUAUGGCGCUGUUCUGUACGCGGACUACGUGGUCAUCCGAUGGAUAAUUCUUACCACAAUGCCGGGCAGCCUCUGGAUGUCGUUCCAUGCCGUGCUCUUCAACACCGUAGUCUUUCUGCUAGCUAUGUCCCACACCAAGGCUGUAUUCUCCGAUCCUGGCAUCGUGCCGUUGCCCGCAAACCGCUUGGACUUCUCCGACCACCACACCACCAACAAGAACCACCCGUCCGGAAAUGGCCAUAGCAGCGAUUGGACCGUCUGCACCAGGUGCGAAACAUACAGGCCACCGAGAGCCCACCACUGUCGCAUCUGCAAACGUUGCAUUCGCCGCAUGGAUCACCACUGUCCCUGGAUCAAUAACUGCGUCGGCGAGCGCAAUCAGAAAUAUUUCCUGCAGUUCCUAAUCUAUGUGGGUCUGCUCUCGCUCUAUUCCCUCGGUCUGAUCAUCGCCUCCUGGGUGUGGCCCUGCGAGGAGUGCAACCAGAACGUGAUUGAGACACAACUGCGAAUGAUUCAUUCUGUGAUCCUCUUGCUGGUGUCGGCGUUAUUCGGCCUCUUUGUGACAGCCAUCAUGGUGGAUCAGUUGCACGCAAUCCUGUACGAUGAGACGGCCGUGGAGGCGAUACAACAGAAGGGCACCUACCGUCCCAACCGGCGCAAGUACCAACUGCUGGCAGACGUGUUCGGACGCGGUCAUCCGGCGCUGUGGCUUUUGCCCUGCACCAGUUUAAAUCAUGCCUCCCGAUACCACGAUACGCCCCUGCUGAGCCACGAUGUCUAGGGCUCGGAAAUAUUUUACAUUUUUUGUCCUUGUAUUUAUUGUGUGCCUGAUUGUGCAACCGAAGAAACCCCACAAAAUGUUUUUAGUUUUUAAUAGUCGUGUGAUUUUUUUUUUUAAAUCCUCCUUCCCUACCUUAGCCAGUCAAAUUGAAACGUAUUUCGUAUUGUGUAUUAUAUGCAGAUUCCAACUUAAUUUAUGCUUUAGUUUAUAAUCGUUUUGAAAUUAUAAAUAUAAAGAAAGCAGCACCGAGACGUAAAGAAGCAUACUCAUAAAAAAAAACUUGGAUAUUUUAUAGGGAACUUUUGUGCAAAAGCUUGAUCGGAAGAGGCAGGUGUAAUAGUUCAUUUGUAGCUCAAUAUAAAUGAAGAUGAAACCUUCGGUCGGCCGAGGUAUUUUUUUACCAAUACCAAACUAAAAUAAUAAUACAUUCUAUUUGAGAAGCGAAAUAAUCUCAAUUGUAUACAAUACCAUGCUAGGGCGUAAGUUCUUAUAAACGCAUUUAAGAUACUCCAAUAUACCAAAUACAAAAACCAGAAGAAGAAAAAACAAAAGCCCACAAUGUGCAGUAAUAGUAUAUAAUAUUUGUAGUCACUUUUAAGUUGUAGAGUUUUAUUUUUCUUUAGAAUCAGCACUAGACACUUUUCAAUGUAACACCAGAGAUUGCCUCCUGAUCAGUUUAAAUAAAGCUAACCAAUAUGAUAAGUAA